AUGGAUCCUACUCUUUUGGAUUCAGUGAGGGUCAGAUUAGUUGCCUGUGUCUUGUUCCUUCUUCUGCAGUGGACAGAGAGUUUAACACCUCUCAAGACCUCCGCCCUCUGCCUCGACAAGCCUUGCCAAAACAGGGCAGAGUGCAGGGAAGGCCCAUCUGACUUCCUGUGCCAGUGUCCGUCUUCCGUGCCAGCCCUGCCCAGCCACCAAUGCCAUUCUUCCAGUGCGCUCUGCCAACUGCCCAUCUGCCAGGGCAAUGUGACAUGCCAAUCCACCGGCACCCGCCCAGGGGAACUAGUAUGCCAGUGUGAGCCAGGCUUGUUGGGCCAUGACUGUCACUCUAGUGCCCAACUGUGCACUCAGGGGCUGUGUGGAGAUGGUGCCCACUGCCUGGCAUUGCAAGACAGGAGCCCAGGGUAUGCUUGCAUCUGUCAAGAGGAGUACACUGGGACAUUCUGCGAGAAAAAGGUGGAUUAUUGCUCCCCCAACCCCUGCCGCAACCGCGCCAUCUGUCGGAGCAGAGGGGGCGGCCCCACCUGCUUCUGUGUGCCGGGAUUCCAGGGCGAGCGCUGCGAGAUCGAGGUGAAUGAAUGCGUGUCGUGGCCCUGUAGGAAUGGAGCCACUUGUGUAGACAAGAUUGGUCACUACAUCUGCCUCUGCAGGCCUGGAUACACGGGUAGCAGCUGUGAGGUUCAGAUUGACGAGUGUCAAUCACAGCCCUGUCUCCAUGGUGGCAGUUGCUAUGACCACAUCAAUGGCUUCUCCUGUACCUGCCUGGCAGGCUUCCAGGGGCAGAGCUGUGAAACCAACAUAGAUGAAUGCAGUGACCAGCCAUGCCAAAAUGGGGCAAAGUGUGUGGAUGAAAUAAAUAGGUACAGUUGUGAUUGCUCGCAAACUGGCUUUACUGGCGUUCACUGUGAAAUCCCACUUCCACCAUGCUGGUCUCAACCCUGCCUCAACGGCGCCCUCUGUGAGGAUGAAGAUGGGAACUACACCUGCAAUUGCUGGCCUGGGUUCGAGGGUCGAAACUGUGAGACAGACUUGAGUGAGUGUGAAAGCAGUCCCUGUGUGAAUGAAGGCACUUGCAUUGAGCUCUCUUGGAAGACUCUUUAUGGCACUGAGUUUCUGCUGCCUACUCGAUACGACCCCAGGCAUGCUGCUGGCUUCAUCUGCAAGUGUUCACCAGGAUUCUCAGGUGCCUUGUGUGAACAGAACAUUACCGACUGUACCGCCAACCCGUGUCAUAAUGGAGCCACAUGUGAAUACUUCCUGGGCAGCUACAAGUGCAUCUGCCCUUCGGAGAGCCAAGACGGUGUCCUGUAUGGGGGCCGCAACUGCAGCGAGCCCCUGGUGGGUUGCCAGGGCCAUGAGUGCCAGAACGGGGCUGCCUGUGUGCCCUUCCUGAGCAAGGGUGUACAUGGCUACAGUUGCACUUGCCAGUCAGGUUACACCGGCUCUUACUGCCAGACGCCCACCGCAUUCUCCUUCCAGACAACUGGAAGCUACUUGCACUUGCGUACACCGCUUCUGGGUGUAGAAGCAUAUUUUAAUAUUACGCUAGGAUUUCGAACAGUUCUGGAGAACACAGUGCUGUUUCAGAGAGGCAGUGGAGGAGCUACUAUCAGCCUGGAACUGCAAGAGGGGUGCCUGCUUCUUGACUUUAGGAGUGACCAUCAGCCAGAUGCCACCAGCUGGACAUUGACCCUGCCUCAGGAGGUAUCUGAUGGCGAGUGGCACACAGUAGAGGCCGUGCUUGUUGAAGGUACCCUGGUGUUGAAACUUCUGGACCCCUGCCAGGACGGAGGUAACUGUGGUACAGCGACCCAAGUUGAUAUAGUCCCCCUUGAGCUGGAGUCGGCUCUACAAAACACCAUUGUUGGAGGAUUGGAGGAGAAAGGGGGAUCUGGAUCAUUCAUCGGGUGCAUGAGGGACUUGUUGGUGGACUCACAGCUGAUGGUGCCGGAGGACUGGUUGAGCAGCUCGGCGGUAAAUGUCACACAAGGCUGCAGCCAUUAUGACCAAUGUCUUUCUGGACCUUGUGAGAACCAGGGAGAGUGUGUUAACCUUUGGCAAGGUUACAGGUGCAAGUGUCUGCGACCGUAUAAGGGGCGAAACUGUGAUGAGGAGUAUGUAACAGCAAGAUUUGGGCAGGGCAACUCUGCAAGCUAUGCUGUUUUCACCAUCAACGACACAUCAGAAUCAAAUGCACUCUAUCUCUCCAUGUUCUUCCGCACACGGAAGGAGUCUGGUCUGUUGGUGCUGCUCACCAACAGCACGUGUAGAUUCUUGCAUCUAUGGCUUGAAAAGGGUCAACUAAAUGUUCAAGUCAACAACAUGAAGAUCAUAACUGGUGAAAGUUUGGUUAAUGAUGGUGAGAUCCAUUUUGUCGGAAUUAACAUCGUGGAAGGUGUACUGAUGCUGGAGUCGGAUCGGGAGUUUAAAUCAAUGAAUGUUCAACCUGUUUCCGUUCAGCUUGGGGAUGAGGUCUAUGUUGGUGGGCUGGGUGAUGGACAAGAUGCAUCUGCCUUCGGUGGUUAUUUUAAAGGGUGCUUGCAGGACGUGCAGCUCAAUGAAAGGAAGCUCCAGUUUUUCAUGUUCGGCACCUCAGCAAUGUCAUACAACCCGGAUCGUAUGGUUGAUGUUACCGCAGGAUGCACCAGUGAUGACUCUUGCUCUAAAAACCCUUGCCAAAAUGAAGGCAUGUGUUUCUCUUUAUGGGAUGACUUUACAUGCAACUGCCCUCCUAACACAGCAGGGCGGCGCUGUGAGGAGGUGAGGUGGUGUGAACUCUCUCCAUGUCCACCACAAGCUGCAUGCAAGACCCUUGACCAAGGCUAUGAAUGCAUUUCAAACGUGACUUUUCAGGACAACAGCACUCUAGUAUACCGUGGGAACGGGCUGAUCUCGCACCACCUAACCAGCAUUGUUUUCAGCAUCCGUACACGUAAACGCAAUGCGGCGGUGUUACACGCGGAGAGUGGCCCUGACUUCAUCACAGUGUCCAUUCAGGAUGGCUUUCUGGUCCUAGAGCUUCUCAGUGGAUCUUCCUUCUCCUCAUCAUCACCUCUCUCACCCCUAACCCUAUUCAGUCCAAGGCCAGUGGCUGAUGGAGAGUGGCAUGUUGUGGAGCUCCUAAUGGCCAAUCCUUGGGCUAACAGUUCCCAGUGGAUCCUGGUUCCCCUAGACGAAAAGGACGAGCCAACAAUGUCCAACUCCAUGGCUGGAAACCUGGACUUUCUCCAAGAAGGCGUAGAUAUCCUCCUUGGAGGACUGGGCCCAGAGUCUGGCUGGAAUCUGAUUGGUUGUUUGAGUAAUGUUGAGAUCGGUGGAAUCGUGCUUCCAUAUUACGGUCCUGCUGAGGUGAGGUUUCCACGCUUGCAGGAAGAGAUGUUCCAUAAGAUCUCUGAGGUACCUGUCCAUACCGGAUGUGCUGGUGAGGUGGUGUGUGAACCCAACCCUUGCCUACAUGGGGGCAUCUGUGAGGAUCUUUUCAACAUCUUCGACUGCUUCUGUCCGCCAGGCUGGGCUGGUGAUCGCUGUGAGCUGAACACAGACACUUGUGCCUCCAACCCCUGUCACCACGGCUACUGCAGCAUUCAGGGCCUUACAUACAACUGCACAUGCCAGAGCGGCUACACCGGCACUAACUGCGAGGAGAAGGUGGAUGUCUGUGCAGGGCACAAGUGUGCUAAUGGAGGGACUUGCUUGCAUGGCAUCAACAGCUAUUCCUGCCUCUGCCCCGAUAAGUUUACUGGGCCACAUUGCACCAUUCAGAUUCAAGAGGCUCCAUGGUACGUGGUUGUCAGGACCAUAGUCCCUAAGCUCCCGGUGUCCAUCUGUGGUGAUGAACAGAGGAACUACACAUGUUUCAAUGGGGGGAAUUGUUCUGAGACCUACAUGAUGUGUGACUGCCUUCCCGGCUUUUCGGGUCACUGGUGUGAGCUAGACCUUGAUGAAUGCAAGUCCAAUCCUUGCUUGAAUGGUGGCUACUGCCAGAACAUGGUCAACAAGUUCCAAUGUGUCUGCGAAAUGACCUUCGCCGGCGAGACCUGCGAAGUCGACCUAAAUGCAGCGAGUGUGACCUCUGACCUGCUGCUUUCCAUCAGUCUGACGUCUGUGGUUCUGUUGUUGGUUCUUUUCGGUGUAGUCGCGGCUUUGGUGAUGGCACUGAACCGACGGGCCACACGUGGCACCUACAGUCCCAGCCGGCAGGAGAAGGAAGGCUCACGGGUGGAGAUGUGGAACAUUGUGCAGCCUCCGCCCAUGGAGAGACUCAUCUGAGCCGUUAACCUUUUUUUUCUAAACAACAUAAGCCAAUCAUGUUGUUCCAUGAUGAUUUUGGCUUGUUCACCAACACUUUCAUGAGACUAUGAAACCUUCAAGACAGAGCUUGAAGGCUUUCUUUAUUCAUUGAUCAUGUGGCAGCUAUCGAACUCAUAGUCUUACAGAUCAUCAUUUUUUAAUCAAACAAUCAACCAAAUAAUGGAUGUUUAAUUUAUCAUUUUUUGUUUUGUUUUGAAAACCUAUCAUUGUUUGUGUACCUCUGAAAGCAUUAGGAUUCAUUGACUGUGAAAUUGUGAAGUGCUGUUGACCAUAGCAACUUGAACAUCAAUGUGUUUAACUCUGUCCUAACCAGGCAUGAAGUGUUUCCAGCGACAGUCAAGGCCUGAAGCGUGCUCCACUUGAAUGUGAAUGCAGAUGCUUUUAGAUAUGCAAGCUUCAUUUUGUGCAUUGUGCUCCAAAAUGUGUCAGACUGCAAUUCUGAAAGUAUGCACUGCAUUUUUAGUGUUGCCGCAAGGGGCGCUAUAUAACGAUUUAGCAUAAAUUGUUCUAUGGCCAGUGUUCUCUUAAAGGGGUCAUUUUUAGAAGUUUCAAUGUGGGAAAGUCUUGCGAGAGUCACAUUUGUUGAUACUAAGGUUAGGGGUAGGUUUUUUGGAAAUCUAUCCAAAUUAAACACAAUUUCAAAUGAGACUCAAGACUUUGCAACGAUUGAGGGUUCCCUUCUAGACACAACCUUUUCAGGCCAACUUCUCUUUUGGCAGAGCAACAGUUCGAGAAUAUUGUUGAUCAAGUUAAAGUAAGUUAAACUGUUGACAUUGAGAAUUCACUGUGGAUGGUUCUACCCAGUGUGACUGACAAGAUGUAGUUGCUCAUUGCAAUUGCGACUGGCUGGUACAAAAAUGUAUUAGCAUGGAAGAUUUUAUUGCUCGUCACUUCAUAUUAUUGUGCCUGGUUCGGACACAGUGUGAUGAUCUAUGUAUUUAUGUAUAAUUGAUAUUUGUGCUGCUAGUGAGCUAUACAGACACUUGAAUUUGUAAAAUUUGACAUUAAUAACCGAGAUCAACACUGAAUUGUUUAGCACAGAAACACAAACAUGGAAUUGUUGUAACUGCUGCUUUUGCUCUGUAAAAAAUAAAUGGUAUAAACAAUAAAUUAUUUGGGGUAUUACAACCACAUGAUACCCUUUUAGCAACCCAAUAGAUACAAUAAUUAUGUGCUCGUUAUUAAGCCAUGUUUACUUUAAGCUCUGAUUUUGGAGUGGUUUUAAGUGGUUUAGGUUGAUAAGUUUUUAGAAUUAACUAACAGUUUAAAUUCAACAGCUGUUCAUGUACAAAGUGAAUCAAACUACCAGUCUUCCAAUAAAGAAUGAAGCAAGAGGUAAGUUGGGAAAGCAAUAUUGACAUUUACAUGUAUAAUUUAUUUCAGUUCACAGUGCAUACAGUAGUACCAGUAGUUCCUGUAAUAACACUUUGGACUGACCUAUUUUGUACUUGAAAUCUAUACAACUGUACUCAAGAGCAUGCAGCCGCAUCUGAAGCUUGUUUUAAAACUUUAAAUCAGUCACUUAAAAGCAUAGACUACACUUGCAUACUAAAGUGGAUCACAUUGUGACUUUGCUGUGUUUCCAUACGUAUGUAACAGGAAACAUUCAAGAAAAUGAAGCAUUAGCAAAAUCAGCUGUACAGACUUUUUGUGUAAUAUCAAGGUAUUUUGUGUUGUUUCUUAAACAUUCAAAAGCACAAUCUAUAUAGUCCAGUGAUUCAACUACAGCAGGCCAUUUACAACAUAAUUUGACAGCAAAACAGAUCACUUUGAAACAAAGCUACAUGACUAUAUGUAAAAAACGAAACAAAACAUGUAAAUAGGUACCACGGUCAUAAAAGUUGACAUCAUAUUUGUUCCUUUGUUGACUUUAAAAGGUGUGCUCAUGCAUGUUCAAAGAAUUCCCAGAAUCACAAAAAUAAUAACAGAACAUUACAAUGAAAAUGCACAUCAAUAAGUUCAUAUGUAAACUGGAGAAAAAAAAAAAAAAAAAAAGAUUGAGAAGCACUUUACAGAAAUAGUUCC